UUGUUUCUCCAUGACGGUCUUCUGUUUAAAGACAAUUGUGUUGUUGUACCUAGAUCAUUGAGAAAGGAUAUGCUUGAAAGAAUCCAUUACAACCAUUUGGGAAUCAAUAAAUGUAAAGCUCGUGCCAGAGAAUGUUUAUAUUGGCCAGGUAUGUCUAAACAAAUUGAAGAUUUGAUUUCUAACUGUGACACAUGUCUGCAAUUUCAAGUGAGCAAUAGGAAAGAACCACUCAUUCCUAAAGAAAUACCCAGUGUUCCAUUUCAAGUUGUGGGCACAGAUUUGUUUCAUUUUCAGAAUAAUAAUUUUUUGCUGAUAAUUGACUACUUUAGUAAGUUUGUAGAUUUUUUCAAAUUAACGGAUUUGUCAAGUGAAACUACUAUCAUAGGUUUAAAGUCAUUUUUUGCUAGGUAUGGCAUUCCAAAAAUACUAUAUUCUGAUGGAGGUCCACAGUAUUCUAGUAGGCAAUUUAAAGACUUUCAAUCGAAAUGGGGCUUUGAUCAUGAAUUGUCCAGUCCACACUACCCACAAUCCAAUGGAAUGGUGGAACGACAUAUACAAACAGUUAAGAAAAUGUUGCGUAAGAGUAGUGUUAAUAAUAAGGAUCCAUAUUUGGCUCUCUUGGAGUAUCGCAAUACACCAAUAUCAGAAAGCUUACCUUCUCCAGCUGAAAUUUUGUUUAAACGGAAGCUCAAUGGGCUGCUGCCCUACUUUGCCCCCAAUAAAUUGCAAAUGUCAGGAGAGGAAAUAAAAAAUAAGUUGCAGGAUAGACAAGACAAGCAAAAAUUUUAUUUUGACAAGAGUGCUAGGAAGGGUAGGAGUUAUGGAGCAUUGGAAAAUGUUUUUAUUCCAGAUAAGCAAAAUAAACUAGUACAUGCCCAAGUUGUAGGUGAACACAAACACCCUCGCUCAUAUAAUAUCAAAUUGGAAAAUGGAAAUGUAGUUAGGAGAAAUACCCGUCACAUUCAUAGAGGUUCUGGCACUUAUCCAUUUGCUGUAAAGCAUUCUAUGACUGGUUUCAAUUUAGGAGAGUAUGAACACUUGGCAGGGGAAAAUGAUGUAAGAAAUGAUAGACAAGAUAGACUGGCUGAUAGGGAAAAUGAUUUGGCAAUAAGGAACCAAGGUAAUGAUGUUCGUGAAAGGGGAAAUGAUAUGGUAAUAGGAAACAGGAAUAAUGGUGGAAGGACCAUUUCUAGGUCAGGUAGAGAAAUAAGAAGGCCAAGGUACUUUGAUGAUUAUGUUGAAUAGAUGAUAAGGACUAGUAAUAGAAAAGAACUUGAUUCAAGAUUAUGAUUUUGGUAAAAGUGUGAUUACAUGUAAAAGUAAAGUAUUAUGAUUUGUUCUGUUAAAAAAAAAAAAAAAAAAAGGGGGAUGUCAUAAAUAUGUUGUGUAUCGAUUAUACAUUAAGAAUCGACCGAUCGAUAUAGUCCAGAGAUUGAUUAUCGAAAUAGACUAGAGAGGUUAGACAGAAAUGUGGUCGGCUAGUAGAAGGUUGUCUCAAUAAUGUUUUCAUGUUCAAGAAGAAAUUAAUAAAUGUUAUUGUGCUAAAAUGAAGUUUUAUUUAUAAUACCAACAGUUAUU